AUGGCAUUUCCCUGCUUGGACAAGCUCGAGAAGAAGACGCAACAACUUUGUUCCAACUCGCUCGAAGACGGCCCCGAGCCCUCAUACUCCAAGGUGCAAACUGGUUUUCACAUUUACAAGUCUGGCAAGCCUAUAUUCCUCGAUCAUGGUGGAUUCUUGCCUGAGUACGAAAUUGCCUACGAAGCCUGGGGAACGUUAAGCCCUCAAAAAGACAACAUUGUGUUGAUACAUACAGGGCUUUCUGCAUCUUCGCAUGCCAAGUCCCAACCUACCAACCCCAAACCAGGCUGGUGGGAACAGUUUAUUGGACCUGGGAAGUACUUGGACACAGACAAAUACUUCAUCAUUUGCACCAACGUACUCGGCGGAUGCUAUGGGUCGACGGGGCCCUCUUCGAUCGACCCGGCCAACGGCAGCCACUAUGCCACCCGGUUCCCCAUUUUGACGGUUAACGAUAUGGUGCGUGGGCAGCGAGAGUUGAUAAGAGACGUUUUCAAAGCAUCCAAAAUCCACGCCUCCAUCGGUGCUUCGAUGGGAGGCAUGCAAUCGUUGGCAUACGCCAUGGAGUUCCCCGACGAGGUUGAGAAGGUGGUGUCGAUUUCAGGGUGUGCCCGAUCUCAUCCAUAUUCCAUCGCGUUGAGACACACACAAAGGCAGGUGUUGAUGAGUGAUCCUAACUGGAGCCGGGGGUUCUACUAUGACAAGAUUCCACCGCACGUGGGGAUGAAGUUGGCACGGGAAAUUGCCACCAUCACCUACCGGUCUGGACCUGAGUGGGAGUAUCGGUUUGGACGUAACAGAGCUGACGACUCCAAAUCUCCAGCAUUUUGCCCGGACUUUUUGGUGGAAACGUACUUGGAUCAUGCGGGAGAGAAGUUCUGCCUUGAGUACGAUGCCAAUUCGCUCUUAUACGUGCUGAAGGCCAUGGAUUUGUUUGAUUUAAGUGCUAGUAACAGAGAGCGAGCGGUGAAAAAUCGAGGUGCGGCUGAAGCAGCGUAUUUUCUGCAGCAGCAGCAGGAAUCCACCGCCGUACCAGAAGAACCGUACGAAGAAAAAGUCACUUCUGCCACCGUGACUCCCGAAGAGUCGUACGAUGACUUGAAGCGAGGACUUGCCAAAAUCUCCCACAAAGACGUGCUUGUGGUGGGGGUUGAGUCAGAUAUUCUCUUUCCCGUGUGGCAGCAACGAGAAAUCUUCGACGUGCUUCAAGCCAAUAAUCCUACAGGCCAAGUGAAGUACUAUGAAUUGGGAACAGAUAUCAGCAACUAUGGACACGAUACGUUUUUGUUGAGUUUGGAUCACUUUGGCCCCCACGUCCAGGAGUUUAUGUCCACUUAA